AUGAAGCAAACAAAAGCUUGGGCAUGGACGAGCCCUGAGUGCUCCCAGCCCGCUGCCUCCUGCACUGACCUCUCUUCUCCCUCUGCAGGGCUCGAGGGUGACAAGAAGUCCAUCAUAAAAUUUGAAUUUAACCCCAAAGAUGGGAUAGACAACCCUGCCUUGUUGCUGACUGAGGACACGGAUGGCAAGGCUAUGGGGGAGCCCCGCUUCUACCUCCUGAGCAAGGGCAGCACGGAGACCUUUGGCUUCCACCUCAACGAGGAGCUGGAUUGCCAGGGCCAUAUCAUCCGCCAGGUCGAGCUGGGGGGGCUGGCCCAGCGCAGGGGGCUGCAGGAUGGGGACCGGCUCCUCCAGGUCAAUGGGCACUUCGUGGACCACAUGGACCACCACAGGGUGGUGCAGAAGAUCAAGGCCAGCGGGAACCAGGUCCUCCUGGCAGUGUUGGACGGUGACUCCUAUGAAGCAGCCAAGGCUUUAGGCAGGGACCUGUCCCAGAUGCUGCCGACUGACAUUCGCCCGCGCCUCUGCCACAUCACACGGGACAAAAGCGGUUUUGGCUUCAGCGUGUCAUGUCCGGAAGGCGUGAAGGGCACCUUCCAGCUGUCGGUGCAGCAGGAUGGGCCGGCGGAGAGAGCAGGGGUGCCACCGGGCUCCUGGCUCCUGGAGCUGAACGGGGCCAGCGUGAGCAACUACUCGCACACGCAGCUCAACAGAAAGCUGAAGCAGAGCGGGAGCAAGGUGACGCUGCUGGUGGCAUCCAGCGCCGUGGAGGAGUUUUACCGCCUGCGCGGCCUGCGGGUCACGGCUGCCUUGGCAGACACCUCCUGGCUCCCCUUCAAGGCCCGGGAGCUGCACAUGGUGAAGGGGCCGGCUGGCUACGGGUUUCUGCUCAAGGAGGAUGACUGCAGCUCAGGGGCCACAGGCCAGUUCCUGUGGGAUGUGGAUGCAGGGCUGCCGGCUGACCAGGCAGGGAUGAAGGAAGGGGACCGUCUCCUGGCUGUGAAUGGGGAGAGCAUCGAGGGGCUGGACCACCAGCAGACGGUGCUCAGGAUCCGCGCCCGUGGUGACCGGGUGACACUGCUGGUCAUCGACCCUGCUGGUGAUGAGUUCUACCACUCGAUCGGGCUGUCCCCUCUGCUGUCCUUUGAGCACAGAGACCCUGCCUCAGGCUCCCGUACGCCCUCCCUGCCCUCUCCCAAUGCCUCUCCUGGACUCUGCCACGUUGAGGUGGGACCAAAGGGACCUGGCUCCUGGCUGGUGGCUGCUGCCAACAGUAUAGGGCUCACACAGAGCCCGUCCCCCGAGCAACAGAGGAGGCUGCAGCAGGCAUUCUAGUGACCCAGGAGCACCCUGAUUCUGGCUCCCCUGCACAGCACCUCGUCCAGCCCAUCGGUGGCCCCAUCCUGGCUCCCUGGAGAGCACAGCAUGGCCAUUGCUGUCGUGGACAUAGCUCGGGUCGUGCACAUAGAGCUGCUGCGUCUCCAUGCCUGCAAUGGGGCUUGCAGCAUCACACCUCCAGAAACUCAUCUCCACGGACUGAGGCUGGCUCCAAGCUUUUAUUGACUGUGGCAGUGGCUUCUUGUAGCCUGAAGACAGGUUUUGCCUGCCUAGCUGCUUCCAGGGAUAUGUAGGGACAUCGCACUGAAGGUCUUGCCCAGCUCCAGGCUCUGGGAGCUCCGAGGAAAGCCAAGGCACUACCCUCCAUGCGCCAGCGGUUUGGGGAUCCUGAGGCUUGACUCAGCCCAGGGCUGGCCUUCAGGCCACUGUUUGAAGGAGAAAGGGAGCAGCAAAGGCCAAUGGGGUGCUGGAGGAACCCCCCACCUCUCAGCCUGUUGGCAUGGACGUCUCUUGCGCUCCUCCUCUCAUCCCUCCUGGGAACCUGUGUGCAGUGAGUGCCCACCACCCAUCACAGCACUGUUCCUGCAUCACUCAUCUGGGGUGUGAUUAAAGGACAAACCCACA